AUGGAAAUGGCACAGGAAUGGUUUCCAGAACUGGAAAUGGAAGGUCAAAUAUUGUUCAUGACUGAUGAUGAGAUGAAGAAUCUUUACAACACAACUGAUAACAUUAUUGUUGAUUCAGAAAGCUAUAAAGAAAACAUGAGGCUUAUUGAUCAAUCUAUUAUUCAGACUCAGCAGCAUGAAAAUAAACCUCUUCACUAUCAAGAGAAGAGUAGUAAUGAUAUUAACAUAAGUUCUCAAAUUCCGGAACCCCUUGUUGCUUCUAUUCAUCCUUUAUCAAACACUUUAACUAUAUCUUUUGGAAAUAUAAACCCUAUAAACGAGCCCCCCCAGUUACCUGAUUUGCUUGGGUAUGAAGCUGCUUAUACCACAAAGGUGCCAACAACUGCGAGAAAUCAUGUUUUAGCAGAGAGGAAGAGAAGAGAAAAAUUGAAUCAACACUUCAUUUCUUUAUCUGCUCUCCUUCCUAACCUUAAGAAGAUGGAUAAGGCAUCUGUGUUGGAAGAUGCAGCUAGUUACAUAAAAGAACUUCAAGAUCGUGUGAAGGAACUUGAGGCAUUACAAAGCACUAAGAGAAAGGUUUUUCAAGAAUGUGUUGUUUACAUGAAGAGAUCUAGGAUUAUCAAUUAUAGUGACGAUGAAAUGGACUCUAGAGAGUGUGCUGACCCUUGCAAACCAUCUCCUGAGAUCGAAGUGCGGAUAUCAGGAAAUAGCGUCCUAGUAAGAAUUCAUUGUCAGAAAAACCUGUCUUCCUUGGUGCAUAUACAUACCCAGAUGCAGAAGCUUGGGCUGUCCAUCAUCAGUAGUAGUGCCAUGCCAUUUGCUAAGACCGCUAUUCUUAUCAUGAUCGUUGCCCAGAUUGAGGAUGACUUUUGUAUGACAACAAAAGAACUUAUCAAGAACCUUCAACUAGCUAUAUGA